UCGAACCGAGUUGUAAUUCGGUUCGGUUCGGUUUGAAGGGUCAGAACCGAAUUGCUACUGCUGCCCCUCGUUUUUGCCUGCUGCCUUUUCUUUUUGGUUUCCUCUCUGACUCUUUCUCUCCCCCCACGUUUCUUUCUGUUUCUUUAUCUAGAGGCUGGAGUAUAUGUCAUAAAUCAGAUCACAUAUUAUACGGUCUAUAUCAAUUAAUGGAUGUGCAAUAUGGUCCAAAUAAAUCAUACUGAGUGAUAAAUGAAUUAGUUGUUUAUCAAACACACAAAAAUUGAACCAAUAACAGAGAUAUUUUUGUUUCCCUGAAAACAUAAAUUCCAACAUGCAUGAUUAAUUUUGACACCGUAAAUCUCAGUAAAUAACAAAGAUGCAAAGUCAAAGCAUCCCAACUUGCACCAUAUCUUCAUAAACAUUAACAUGAUAUCAUAUGGAGACACAAUCAUUUAUGCUCUCUGGUGAAAUAUGGUUGUGAAUAAAGAAGGGGACGAUAUUCUCAAAAUUAGGGUUGAGACUUGGGUCUCGUUAGGAUAGUUGAGAGAGUGGUCGCGACUCGUGUAGGCAGCUAACGAAGUUGGCUGGGUCCACGGAUAAGUCCGAUAAAUCGCGGUUUAGGUCAUGCCAAGAGAUCAAAACAUCAAAUAAUAUAGACAUGUAACAGAUCUCUUAAGUCCAAACCAAAAUGUACAAUAUAGUCCACAAUUUUUCAAAUAGUUUGGUCUAUUUUCCCAACUCUAACAAAUAUAGUCUCUAGCCACAAUUGAGAUUCACGAAGAUAUAUAAAUAGUAUUACAGAUAUAUUUCAUAAAUAUUUCCAACAUAUAUAUACACAACUAUCAUUCGUCUGAUGUUCAUCACUGAUCGAAAACUAUAUGGCAACCACGUGUGCCAUGAGAACAAAUCUUGCUUAUGAAGAAGAUGAGUCACCCUUUAAUUGUUGUAUUAUUCCAUGGGAUAACGUUUAUCAAAUCUUUGAAACCCUUUAUUUUAAUACAAAGGAUUAUGACACCCUUUUGCGUCCUUUUUCUAUAAAAUUUAUUGUAAAAAACAAUGAUUAGUUUUCGUUGCUGAUAAUCACAUUCACAAUUUCACACCAAAUGAUGAUAAUUUUUUUUUUGUCAUUAAUGAUGAUAAAUAAUCUGCAUGUGGAGUACUCUGAAAACCCAAUUUAAUGAGCUGGGCCCAAAUGCGUGGUUAAUGGGCUUUUUAUUAUUUUAACCCAAUUAUCGACAUGAAAAAUAAUAAAAACAUUGCGCGACUUUCCCACCUUACAGUUUUCCGUUUUCCUCCCUCCACAAAUGGAAGAGUGUUCUCACGCCUUCCAUUGAAGCCAAGUCCUCCACCUCUUGGGAGCUUGCCGGCGAUCGUCCCGCUUCCAUUCCAUCGCCCCGCGACGACGAACCCACCUUCCUCUUCACUCAGUAUUAUAAUUGCUUCCAUCGUCACCUUUAAAUGUAAGAACCGCUGAUCUCUCUUUGCUGCUGCUUCUUCUCCGUUAUUUGUCGUUUACCGCCAUUCCAAUUCGCACUCUGAUGGUGGGUAGCUCGAAUUUUGUUGUUUCUUGAAUGUCGGUUGAUUACUAGCCUUACUUCACUCCAUCUUCCGAUCUUUUUCUUGGUGCCCUGCACUCGAAUUCAAUGCAAUCGAUACCCAUCUCCAAAAAUUAAUGUUACGUUUGAAGUAGAAUUUCUUCCUCAACAAGAUCCAGCUUUUACCUUUCACAUGCGAUUUCUCAUUGGGGUUUGGAGUAGAUUUCACCAGUUUGAUUGGAGGGGUUUUUUUUUCUUUUCUUUCUGGCAGCACCCGAUGAUGCAGGGUUUGCUGGCUUCUUCUCCUGAUACGACCAGCUUGAGCUACUGGUUGAACUGGAGGGUGUUGCUAUGUGCAACGUGGGUUUUGGUGCCUUCGGUUGUGGCAGUGUAUAUCAUAUGGAAAUACGAAGGUUUGGAUCAUUUGGGAUCUUGCAGCAGGGAGGAGAAAAAACUUCAGCAAGAGAAGGACAAACCCACUUUGUCUCACAGUGAUGCUGUCUGGAAGCCGUGUCUCGACCAAAUCCAUCCCAUUUGGUUGUUGCUUUAUCGGGUUGUGGCGUUCUCUGUGCUUCUGGCGACGAUGGUUGUAAAGCUUUCGAGCAGUGGAGCUCGCAUGUAUUUCUAUUAUACACAGUGGACUUAUAAUCUUGUGACAGUCUAUUUUGCGCUUGGAUCUCUGCUCUCCGUUUAUGGAUGUUACCGGUUUCACAAGUUGAGGUUCCACUAUGAUCAAAGAGAUUACGAGCAAGGGUAUAUUGCCCCUCUACUAACUGAGGAAAGUACUGAUGUUCGUGAAUUAAGGAAAAAAGCAAACGGUGGAGGAGAAAUUUGUAUUCAAGAAGUUCCUAUUAUGUACUACAUAUUUCAAACCAUAUACCAGAUAUGUGCUGGAGCAGUUGUUUAUACUGAUUCCAUUUACUGGUUCAUUAUAUUUCCAUUUCUUAACAUUGCAGAUUACUCUGUCAACUUUGUAACUAUAGACAUGCAUACACUCAACGCAGUCUUGCUCAUUGGUGACAUGGCUAUGAAUAGCUUGCCAUUUCAUUGGUUCCGGAUAGCUUACUUCAUUCUGUAUACCGCUUCUUUCGUCCUUUUCCAAUGGGCUGUUCAUGCCUGUACAUCUAUUUGGUGGCCAUACCCAUUUUUCGACUUGGCUUCACCUUAUGCUCCAUUGUGGUAUCUACUAAUGGCGUCUCUCUCGGUCACAUGCUAUGGGCUAUAUGUGCUGGUUUUCAAGAUUAAGCAUUUCCUCCUCUCAAAAUGCUUCCCCCAAUCAUAUCACUGCUUGACAUAGUCCCAAACACAUAUACCUGAUCUGAUCUGUCAAGGUGGCGGUCAAUCGAUCUAGCACUGUGUUCUUCGUGGGUGAUUUCAAGAUUGUGCGCUCUAGAAUUCAUCAAAUGGAGCUUCCAAGUUAUAGGCAGGAUGCAGAAUUGCAGUAGAGAUUCUUAAGAGCAGGGGAGCUAUUAGGCUAGAAAGUGCACAGAUUUGGAGAAUGCUUAUGCUGAAAGACCAUUUCCCCUCUACAUGGGGUUUAAGCUGGUCUUCUGUUUCCCUGUAUCUAAAUCAAACCAUUUUCCGUUCUGUAUAUACUCCUACCCAAUAAGAUAGAUUAAAAAAA